AAAAACUAAAAAGAAGUCGCCGACAGAGCAGCUGCAGAUGCUGCUGCGGCUAUUUGUUAAUGUCAAAGAGGAAAGAACGCGGAAAGAAUAUUGGGCACACUCACACUCGUCUCUCCUGCCCCAUAUCUGCAGAAAGAGUGCAGUGUAGGUAGAGUUAGCAUGUUCAACAAACUCAACAAAAACACAUUCUGAUUAUUCAUUAUUCAUUAGAAUAGAAUGGCUUCGAUGAAAACCAUUUCAGUCUCACUACUCCUCACUCUCAUCCUCUUGUUCUCAUUCACAAUAACUAACUCCCCUCCAUCCCUCUCCAUCACAACAAAAACAACUCCAUCUCUUCGCAGCAGAUCACUCCUCAUCACAACAACAACCUCCUCCUGCACCUCUAAAUCCAACGGAAUCCUCAACUAUCACUGCAUUUUCCCCCAAAACCCUUCCCUCUCAAUCACAUCUCUCUCCAUUCUCCUCUUCCUCCAUUUCUACAUCCUAAUCAAAACCGCUUCUCACCAUUUCUCAAUCGUAACUACCAAACUCGCUUCUCACCUCAAUCUCUCCCCUAGUAUGGCCGCCGUCACACUUCUCGCUCUCGGUAACGGCUCUCCCGAUGUUUUCUCAUCUCUCGCCGCACUUCGCGCCGGUCAAUACCGUACUGGCUUCGGCGCUAUACUCUCUGCUGGAGCUUUUGUUUCUGCUCUUGUUGUUGGCUUUGUUGCGAUCUACGCCGCUCCUUUUCCCGUUGAUCCGGCGCCGUUUGUUAGGGAUGUGUUGUUCUAUUUAACUGCUGCUAUGUUUCUCUUUUAUGUUUAUCUUAGUGCUGAGAUUUUUCUAUGGCAAGCCGUUGGAUUCGUUGCGUUUUAUCUCUUUUUUGUUGGUUUUGUGUUUUAUAUGGAUUUGGGAAUUGUGAAUCGUAGUGAAAAGAGUUCUGUGGAUCUUGAGGGACAAAUUGAAUCGUAUUGCGAUCAAAAAUCGACGGGAUCUGUUGAAAAAGUUAAACACGCUUCUGGAUUUACUGGAUCUUUUCGUUUGAUUUCUAAAGCAUGGGAGCUUCCUGUCUCAACUCUCCUAAGAUUGACGGUCCCUCAACCAGCACCAUCGCAAUGGAGCAGAUUUUAUGCAUCAGCCAAUAUCGCUCUUUGUCCUCUAGCCCUCUUGUAUGCAUGCAACUCAUUCGUGCCACUUAAUCAUCCCAUAGUUUUCCUCCUCCCCAAUACUCUUUUCCCUCUUUGGUCCGUAGUGCUCAUGACAAGCUUCUCUCUUGCAUUUCUUCAUUUUGUAAUGGAAAAAGAACCCCCAAAAGCAGAGCAUUUGCCUGUGGUGGUCGUGGCAUUUGUGAUGAGUGUGUUUUGGAUAUCUACCACAGCUGGAGAGCUGGUGAAUUGCCUCGAAGCUUUAGGUACGCUUCUCAAAGUUCCAGCAUCAUUCCUUGGUCUUACGGUGCUGGCAUGGGGAAAUUCAGUGGGGGAUCUUGUUGCUGAUGUGGCAGUUGCUAAAGCUGGUCAUCCGGCAAUGGCAAUGGCUGGAUGCUUUGCUGGACCAAUGUUUAACAUGCUUGUUGGUCUUGGAACUGCUUUGGUCAUACAGACGACAAAUACAUAUCCUAAAGCCUAUGAACUUAAUUUCCAUGUUGGUAUAGUGAUUGCAUUUGUGUUCCUUCUUUUAAGCCUCAUGGGGUCUCUCUUGGUAAUCACUUGGUCCCGAUUCCGAGUGCCUAGGUUUUGGGGAUUCUGUCUUGUGGGCCUCUAUAUUGUUUUUAUGGCAGUGAGUUCGGUAGUAGCCAUCUUUUCAAGUUGAUUGUUCACAGGAAGAUUUAGAUAGGUCUGUUCAAAAAAACCAGUUCUUUUGAAUCAUAUUCAAAACAAAUAUGGGCUUCUUUGAAUACCCAAACUAUUUAUGAAGAAAAACUAGCCCGUUCCAUUUUAUGCAAAAAAUCCAGUUCUUGAUACCUGGUUUCUCCUCUUCUCUCAGAGACUCUUGCACUCAACUCAAAUUCACAAAUCACAGCUGAAGAACUGUAACCCCUACCCCCUAAUUUGAAACCAAAUCUCUUUGAUUUCUCGUUGUAAUUCCUUAAUAAAUCCAACUCAUUGCUUGUGAUUCCUUUCGUGCAUUCUCAAUUACUUGUGAUUUUGGUUAUUUGAGUUCAUUCUCAACUCAGAUUUAUUCAUGCUCUGAGCUCUUCAAUUGUGCACUUUCUUGUGAUUUCAUUCAUGUGAUAUUCUCUUCAUUCUCUGUUAAAGAUUAAGCUUUCUUCCCUUGAAACUCGGUUCCAGACUGAAGCUUUUUUUCAUAUACCUGAAGCUUUUUCCAGCAAAGUUCAGUCUGGUGUUUCACUCCAUGAAGGCGUGAAGGUCAUUUUCAGCAGGUCUUUUCACACACUCAGGUAUUACCAUCUUGAUGCUUACUAUGAGCGUCAAAUGGAAAAAGAGAUGAAAAGUGGUUUCAGUUCAAGAAGGUCCAGGCAACAGAACAAACUGUUCUCAGUGAUGAAAAGCAAUGUAGAUAACAAGUAUUGUCUCUGAUGACCCGAAUUGUUUCACCCUUCCAUAGUCAUUUUCCGUUGUACCUAUAGACAUGAAAUGUUGGAAGCACGUGAGAAGUACAAGGAAUAGCAAGUGAUGGUUUUAUUGGCUCAAUCAAAAGUCGGACCAAAAGUGUACAGUGUAUUUGAAACCUAGAAAUUUGAGGCAAGUAGUCAAACAACGCAGUUCAAACUCGAAGAACACAUGGUGCAGUCAGUGAUAGCUUGAACAAUACCAGAACUUCAGGAACAAGCAUUUACCAUGUCUAAUACGACAUUAGCUAAGAGCAUUUAGUUGUUUUUGAUUGUGCACAUUGUUCAAAUGCUAAGUUUUUGUAUUUGGCCUGGUUUUGUGUGGACUGGUUGGUAUUGUGUCAACUCAAGUAUGCAUUCUUUUCGUUUCUAAACA